AUGGAUCCCCCAGAGAAGCAAGCCGGCGACAAAAGCCCGGCCUCACUGUCCAGUCGGCAUAGCUCAAGAAGUGUCAGUUAUAAACGGCGCAUUCCCGGUAGCGCCGGUUGGAAAGGGCGCGCUAAGGACAAGCGCUCCAAGGAGCGAUCCGAAAACGACAGCAAGGCCGACACCGAACGAGGGAGCGCCGAGUACAGCCGGAAGGUUGCGACUUUCGCAUUUCGGGUCGUGGUUUUCACGGCCAUCGUGGUCGUCAUCGUCAUCGCGGCGAUUCUUCUGAGGCACAGGGACGCUGCUGCGACCACGGUGGCGUCCAAAGAUUCGAGCAGCACCCAACCAAACGAGGAGCUAGGAGGAACGACCGGCCCCUCCGUCAGGACAACGGCCACAGAGUCUUCAGAAUCCACGAGCACGAGUGUCGGUGCCGCCUCUGAGGUUCCGCGGAUAUCCACUCCCGAGGUGAUCACCACCGUGGGCAAACUGAAAGGCGGAGCAGUGGACGUGUACGGCGUGAGACUCCAUCGCUGGCUCGGCGUGCCCUACGCUCAGCUUGGAACAGGAAGCAAACGCUUUGCCCCCGCACAGCCUGCCGCCAAGGCAAGUAGUCGCAUCGCUCUGGGUGCCACCGAGUGGAGUCCGCCGUGCGCCCAGCUGGUCAACGAUACCCUGUUCGGCCGCGAGGACUGCCUGCGCUUGAACGUGUGGGCACCUGCACAGCGCCCUGCGAGUGCUGCCACGAGACCCCUACUGCUGGCCAUGACGCAGGACUGGUUCUCGCGGGGAUCUAACAAUUUGCCCGAAUGGGAACAGCUGGCUGCUAGAGUCGGCGCAGUGUUGAUGUCCCCUAACGUGAGACUCGGCGUACUCGGCUUCCUUGGCCACACAAGUUCAGCGGAGUUGGACGCUGACCUGGCCAUCAAAGACGCCGUGAUCGCUGUCCGCUGGGCGCUGGACAAUGCCGCCGUGUUUCAUGCCGACCCGUCGAGGCUGAUGCUCGUGGCCCACGGCUCCGGCGCCUACGUUCUGACCGCUGUCGCCCAAGCGCUGAAUCUGAGCUGCCUGCGAGCCGUGCUGGAGGGACCCGUUCUUGGAUCCGUGUUGCCGACAAACACAGCAAGUUCUUAA